AUGGCUUACUUUGGCCCUGUGCCUCCGCCGAUACCAUGGGAUUCAAGGUUCCAGUGGACUCAGCCUAGGAGGCCCUCCCAGCCUGCAGUUGCAGAGAGCAUCUCAAACCUCAUGUUUAAGAACGCAGUGUACUAUCCCAACUAUCGAGUGUAUCGAGGGGAGACUCCUGCCUCGAUGAACUAUAAUUGUAUCAGUCAUGUUUUCUAUGCCUUUGCUCAUCUAUCCCCCGAUGGUGGCAUUUUUUUGAGCGACGAGUGGGCCGAUGCACAGAUGGAGGUCGAUGGAUCCAGAGCCGGUUGCCUAGGCUCGUUCACGCGUCUCAAAAGGCAGCAUCAACACCUGCAACUCAUCAUAUCCAUCGGCGGAGGGGGCGCCUCCCAGAAUUUCGCGAGUGUAGCAGCCAGUGCAGCAACACGAGACAACUUCGGACGUUCUGCAAAAGGACUCGUAGACGCAUCUGGCUUCGACGGCAUUGACAUCGACUGGGAGUAUCCUAACGACGUCGAACAAGGCCGCAACUUCCUCGCGCUCCUCGCAGCCAUCAGGCUACAUCUCCCAGACGACCGCUAUCUACUCACGGCAGCACUUCCCGCUGGCCAAUGGGCGCUCCAGAAUAUCGAUUUAUACAAAGCGCAAGACUACCUCGACUUUAUCAACCUCAUGGCGUACGAUUUUGCCGGUCCUUGGUCCCCAACUUCCGGUCAUCAUGCUCAGCUCUUCCCAGGGUCGGCUGGUGAACCAUCGGGGAGUACGGCGGUUGAAUACGUGAUAUCGACGGGCUUCAGAGCGCAGAAGAUAUUGCUAGGUGUUCCGGUAUAUGGACGUUCAUUUCUAGGAGCCACGGGGCCGGGACAAGCAUACAGUGGGACUGCAGGCGAAGAUGGAACGUUCGAAUACAAGGACCUACCAAGACCCGGUACGGAGGAGAUUAUCGACAGGCGUGUGGUAGCCGCUUUUUGCACAGGUGGUGAUGGUGGGUUCGUUACGUACGAUAAUCCGGAAACAGUGAAGGUUAAAGCUGGUUAUUGUCGAGAGAAACGACUUGGCGGACUAUUCUACUGGACUGGUACUGCGAAUGCCCCUCCCGGUCCCAGGAGCUUAGUAUCGGAGGGCUUCAAGGCGCUUCAUAACGCGUGA